AUGAAGGCCAUCAUCACCUCUCUUAGGACCGACAUCCCCGUGCCCGCCAUUAGCGACGGAGAGGUCCUCGUCAAGGUGACCAAUAUGACGCUUAGUGCCACCGACUUGAAGCUCAUCGACGUCUUCUCCCCCGAUGCCUCCAUCAUGGGCUGCGACUUUGCGGGCGUCGUCGCUAAAUGUGACCGCGAGCGCCCCUGCCAGCUUUGUGUGCGGGCCGGCGCGGAAUGCGUGCCUAGGAACAUAGGUGCCGCAGAUUCUGCCUCGUCAACUGCAAAACGGCCUACGACGGACGCAGAGCCUUCAUCACUAGACCAUAUCCCAAGUAGUGACACAGCUUCGAAGACGAGUCCUGGCGAUGAUUUAGUGAUGCCAGACUCCAGCAUCGUUGAUUUGACCGCUCUGGUGCUCUCAAAAAUGAGCCUUGGGUCUUCGCUCCAUCAAGAUACAUCUGCAUUACCGGGGGGAAACAAGCUAAUCGGACCGGAGCGGCUGGGCCGUCCGCAUUGGCGACAAAUCGUCGCCCUGCAGCUCCCAGAUGAUCUCAUCCUGGAACAGUUCGUGGACAAGUUCUUUGUAUCGGUUGAUUGGUUUAUAAUGGUAUUUCACGAGCAGCUGUUUCGGGAACGGUUUGCAAAGCUUCUCGGCUCCAGCCACGUCGCUUACCACGAGGAAAAUUUCCUAUGGCUCUGCAUGCUCGUAGUGGCACUAGGGGCACAUUACACGUCCAUUUCACAGGCUCAUACUCCGUCCCAGCUCGAGUUGAGGCAGCUCACAGCCUGCAUCAUAAUGCAAAUCGAGACACGGUUCUUGCAGUUCCUUGGCUGCGCAACGCUAGAAGCAGUCCAGAUAUCUAUUCUCAUGGGAAGCUUCCUGUUGUUUAGCGGCCGGCCCAACGUUGGACUGGGAAUAUCUGCGGCAGGCGUCAAGAUUGCGCAGGUCAUCAAUCUGCACCGCGAAAACUUGUGGAGAGAUUGCUCUGCAGCCGAGACGGAGACAAGACGGCGUACUUGGUGGGCUCUCGAGGUGUUCGAUAAGUAA